AUGAGGACUACUAGCUUUUGGAGGACAUAUAGAUAUGCAGGAGGUGUCCAUGAUAGAAAUGGGUCUUCCAGUGGUGUAUGUGUUGAUAGAUGUGUGGAGGAUGUUGGUGACUCGAACCUUGCAGUGAAGGAUCUCAAUACCAAUGGCAAAAUCCUCAAAUUUGGAUUGGAUCCUCAGACUGUGACAUUUACAAGGGUAAAAUCGAUCAAGCGUCGUCAACGUGAUGUUUAUGGCAAAUGGAAUCAAGCUUUGGCCUUGUUGAAUGAAAUGGUGGGGCAGAACAUAUCACCAAAUGUUGUUAGCCUCAAUGAAUUGAUUGGUAGUCUUUGUAAGAAAGGAAUGAUUACAGAUGCUCAAUGCAAAUGGAAUCAAGCUUUGACUUUAUUGAAUGAAAUAGUGGGACAGAACAUAUCACCAAAUGUUAUUAGCUUCAAUAUAUUGAUUGACACUUUUUUAUGGAAAGAAUGGUUUCAGAGGUUCAAGCAUAGCCAAAUGGAUGAAGCUAGCAAAGUAUUUGCUCUGAUGGUACGCAAUGGAAUAGUUGAUGCCUUUAGUUACAAUAUCUUGAUUAAUGGAUGCUGCAAGAGCAAAAGGAUAGAUGAAGCAAAGGGUCUUUUUAACGAAAUACCUAAAAAAUGUUUGGUUCCUAGCUUUGUUGCAUAUUAUAAAGGGUCUGUGUCAGGCAGUGAGGUUGUGAACUGCACAAGAGGUUUACAAGAACAUGUGUUCUCAGAAUCAGCAGCUAGAUAUAAUAACUUUCUCAAUUUUGCUCAAUGA